ACAGGUGAACAAGCUCAUAGAGGAGCAAGAAAAGGACAAGAGGCGGUCUUGAGUCUUCAGCUUGUAAGACAUACUAAGGAUGGCCAAAGGUGACUCCUCUGUGCGCUGCUUCCAAGGCCUGUUGAUUUUUGGAAAUGUGGUUAUUGGAAUGUGUGGCAUUGCACUGACAGCAGAAUGCAUCUUCUUUGUAUCGGACCAACACAGCCUUUACCCUUUACUAGAAGCUACUGAUAAUGAUGACAUCUAUGGAGCAGCCUGGAUUGGCAUCUUUGUUGGCUUCUGCCUCUUCUGCUUGUCUGUUCUUGGCAUCGUGGGCAUCAUGAAGUCUAGUAGAAAAAUACUUCUGGCGUAUUUUAUUCUGAUGUUUAUAGUAUAUGCCUUUGAAAUGGCAUCCAGUAUCACAGCCGCUGUGCAGCGAGAUUUUUUCACUACCAACCUCUUCCUGAGGCAGAUGCUGGAAAGGUACCAGAACAAAAGUCAGUCCAAUAAUGAUGACAUAUGGAAAAAUAGAGGAGUGACCAAAACCUGGGACCGCCUCAUGCUCCAGGAAAAGUGCUGUGGUGUCAAUGGUCCAUCAGAUUGGCAAAAGUACAAGUCGGCCUUCCGGGAUGAGAAUAAUGAUGCCGACUACCCCUGGCCUCAUCAGUGCUGCGUCAUGGACAGUCUCUAUACGCCACUCAAUCUCGAUGCUUGUAAACUUGGCGUGUCUGGCUAUUAUCACAGCAAGGGCUGUUAUGAACUGAUCUCUGGACCAAUGAACCGACAUGCCUGGGGCGUUGCAUGGUUUGGAUUUGCCAUUCUCUGCUGGACUUUCUGUGUUCUCCUGGGCACGAUGUUCUACUGGAGUAGAAUUGAAUACUGAAAGUAAGAGUGGCACCAUUGUUCUUCAGUCCUCCCAAGUGUCUCCAGAGUUGGUGCAUGGACCCAUUCAUUGCUCUCCAGAUACUAUCCCUUUUGUGCUCCAGAGUGAUGGAAGCAUUUUAUACUCAUCAAACUGGUCUGAUACUGCCAAGGACGUGCACUAUUCACUUCUCUUUUUCCUGGAUCCCAUAGCUCUCUCCACCAGGGUGUAUCAUCACUGUCUUCUCUUACUGUGAUGUUUCCACAGAUUACACAGAACACAAAAUCCAGGAGUGAUGUGGAUAGUACAUGUCCCCAUCAUUAGUUCAUCAGCUCAUUAUCCACUUUUGGAUCUUGAAACAUUGAAAAGGCCUCCAACUCCUGAUACUCCUGACAGCAGGCCUGGCCCGUUUUGUUUGUACAAACUCAUUGUACCUGGUUGGUACUUUUCUAAAGAAUCAAAUCCACCAGAAGGUGGAGGAUAGGAGGUGCCCUGUGCCAUACAUACUGAGACCAGUGAAGGAGCAAAGGAGAAGGUAUUGAUUACCUAUUGCAAUGUACCUUCUCUUUGGUUCCUCCGUGUCUGAUAUCUGUGGAAAUACUCAGUGUUCCUUUCAUUGCUCUCUAUAGUCUUUCUGUUCUUGGGGCAAUUACUUACUUUGACUUAGCUAACCACAAAGACUGAAAUCAUGUAUUCUCUUCAGUGGCCCCAGUUUUACUCUUGCUUUGAAGCUGUAGGGGUCAAUUCCAUGGGUUCCUAUAGGCAUGAAACAAGUUUGUGUGCCUAAUAAAUCUUGGUCUUUUAUGUUUUCAAGCAAGUGAGAGGGAAGGAAGUAUGGAAGAAGGGAAGAAUGGAGCUUAUCUAUAUUUUGUGAUGGGCUACAGUUUGUGGGAAUUUGGGGGUGGAGGCUGGUCAGAAUAUCUCUCUUUUGUUUCAUUUUCAUAUAUCAGAGGGAGGUUCCCAAGGGUUGCAAUUGUUUCUAAACAUUUCUAUUAAUAAAAUUGGUUUGAGAUAUUUUCA